UCUGCUGCAGCUCCUCUCCUCCUGCCCGCCUGCCUGCUGCCGGUGUCGGGUCGCCGGCAGCUCGGCUCCGCUCCUCUGCAGGGCUGCGCAGCUCCUGACUGACAGAGAGAUGAGGGGUGGGGACGCAGGGUGGGGUCACAAGCAGGGAGAGGCGGAGGAGGAAAAGGCAGAGAGAGAGCCCAGCCCUUGAAUACACGGCAACAACACGCCGUCACAGAGAGAGGGAGAGACACAGAGAGACUCGCUGUAUUUUGGGGGAGCAAAGGGAGCCUUCGACGCUGCGGAUAUGAACUGAAAAAAAAAACACUGGAAGAGGCAGGGUUCGUGUUCCUAUAUCCCGAAUAUUCACUGUAAAGGUGGAAAACUAGCCCCCCCUCAAACCCCACUAUCUCCCCACCCGUUCUUAUUCAGAUAGAGCUACCCAAAGCCCUGACCGAACCCCUCCUGCUCCUGCUGCUCCACCCCUCCGCCGCUGCACCGCUCCGGCAACCGAGAUGCACACGGAGACCCGUAACAAGAAAGACAGUUUAAGACAGGAAAAUGGGAGGGAAAGGAGGAAUGACAUGCAGCAAAGGGCUGCAGGUUGGAACAAACCUGCGGCUGCUGCGACAAGGACUGAGCCUCUGUACUUGGGGCACAAGCUCAACCAGUGCCAGUCAACUCCUAAGCAGAAGAAGAGUGCUGUUGGCGCCCUGAAGAAGCAGAGGAGCCCGGCCAAGCAGAGUGCCCUGACCCAACAGCAUCAACCGCCACCAUCGUCAUCAUCGGCACCACAGCCGGCAGACCGGGACGAGGAAGAGAAGGAGGAGGAGGAGCCGGUGACCAGGCCUCGGCCACCGCAGGAGGAGGAAGAGGAGGAAGCGGGCAAAGAGGAGCGAGAGGAAGUGGCGACACAGCCUGUGAAGAAGAAGGAGGAGGAGGAGAAAGAGGAGGGCGAGACAGUCAUGCCCUCUGUACAGAUCAAACCAGAGCCGGAGGAGAUGGAGUGCACGGCAGAUGUAGGUGAAGACUGCUCACAGCCGACAGACCUGAAGGUGAAGACGGAGCCAGUUUGCAAGACAGAGCCCUCUUCGCCCCAGCCGUGCCGCGCUGAGGACCAGACCGAACCUGUUGACCUGUCGCUCAACAAGCCCCGCUCCUCUACACUCCCUGCUUCUACGACAAGCAUCACAGUCAACCCUGCACCCAGCGGUGCCAUGACCCAACCCCACCUCUCAGCUACACCCGUCCCCACUUCAGUACAGUCGAUAGGCUCCAUGGUCCUCUCUCCAGGCUCCAUCCUGGCCACUCAGGGCGCCGGGGGCCAGCAGAUCCUCCACGUCAUCCAUACAAUCCCCUCGGUCACCAUGCCCAGCAAAGUGGGCCAGCUCCAGACCAUCCCUGUGGUGGUGCAGUCGCUGCCUGUUGUCUACACCACGAUGUCUACUGACGGCGUUGCCACAGCAGCCAUUACAGUGCCGCUCAUAGGCAGCGAUGGGCGCUCAGAAGGAUCUGUUCGUAUUAAGCCAGGUUCGACGUCUCCAGUGGAGUAUCAGAGUGACAGCGAUGCAGAGAGUGGUACAGAGUCUGGAUCGGCCUCCCUCAGUGCCCAGAGCCUCGACGCCGGGUCGGUUAUGGACUUAGAGCCCAUCGAUCCAGAUUCGCCGGACAUCAAGAGGAGGCGGAUCCACAUGUGUGACUAUGAAGGCUGUAAAAAAGUUUACACCAAGAGUUCCCACCUCAAAGCCCACAGGAGGAUACACACAGGAGAGAAGCCCUACCACUGUACCUGGGAGGGCUGCACCUGGCGCUUCGCCCGCUCCGACGAGCUGACUCGACAUUUCCGCAAGCACACCGGAAUCAAACCUUUCCGUUGCACCGAGUGCGACCGCUCCUUUUCCCGGUCCGACCACCUGUCCCUGCACCGCCGCCGCCACGUCAUGAUGUGAACUUUGACCUCCUCCUCCCCCCCCCCCCCCCCCCCCCCCCCCCCCCCCCCAGCUCCCCUACAUACCAACUUCUUACCCCUUGACAAAGUCCCUCACAGCACAUCUUGUACCAGUGCCCCCCCCUACAUAAACCUCACCUCUGCUUCCCCCAACAUCAGGAUUUUAAUCGGCAGAUUAAAAAAAGACACUGUACCUCCUUUCUCCUCCUCCUCUUUAUCUUGAAAUCACAGGAAUUUGCAUUUUUGUAUGUGUUCAAAGUGGAGGUUAGGGGAUUUUUAAUGUGUGUUUCAACACAUCUUCAUCAUCAUCUUCAUCAUAAUCAUUGUCAUCAUCAUCAUCAUCAUCAUCACCGUCCACCCAACAGACCCCUCCCUACCAUCCUCCAACUCAACUUCACUUGACACACAAGACAUCACUUCCUCAGACAGAGUGGGAGGGACUGAAAGUCGUCUAACAGCACAGGCGUUCAUCCAUCCAUUCACCCAUCCAUCCAUCCAUCCAUCUAGCCAUCCGUCACAAACAUCCAUCCAAAAGAGAGGAGGAUGAGGUGGGGGCAAUGUCUGUUUGAUUUUGUUUAAAACCAGAAGGGGAAGUUUCAAGUGGGACGCUACUUCAGCUGCCCUAUCAAUAUUCAUUCUGUACGUAUGCAGAGUUGGGAAGUUAUGUGACUCCAAGGACACAUUUUUGGAUGUAGAGGUAAUUCCCCCAAAAAAGCCUCAAACGGCCCCUUGUUACCACAGUAACCUUUUCAGGAACCCUUUUAGGAUCUCAAAAAACGUUACCUGUCUUUCUAACCAUUUUGACUUGAGGAACUAACAAAAUUAUUGCUCUAAAUAAGGAGCUAUCAAAUCAAAGAGUAGGUAAAUAAGACUACAACAGUGAGACACUUGGUUGGUGCUAUGGACACAUUUCGCUUGGUACCAAAAAGUAUUAAAAAAAAUGAUAUUCCGAGCUCUAAUCUUUGGUCCUGCUGUUGGGCCAAAACUAUCUGGGUGUGACAGUAAAAACUAACAUCAAAGACCCGCAACAAACAAUGAUUAUGAGUUUUUAUUUUCUCACAUGUAAAAUUGUGUCUCAAACACAUACAUAAUUGGGCUAAUAUUAGACAGAAUCGUCAGACUUUUUUAGAUGCAUUGGAAAUGUGCAAAAGAUACUCUUAGUUCCUGGUACUGCUGUUUAAAAAA